CAACCAAAGAACUGCAAACAUCCAGUACAUAUAUUCUUUGAUGAUCGUCACACCCUAAUCUACCCCAAGGUCCAGCCCAGCUUCACCGACUUGUCCACUUGUGCCUGGCCGCCUCCGUCUGCUGAUUGGCCAAUCUCACAUCAAACCGAGCUAACGCCUGAGUCAAAAAGAAUUACCUAUCAAUUCCUGAGUCACAGGCAACCCAAAGAAAACAAGGUCUUGGGCCGCAUAUAUACAAAGCCUCUUCCUCCCCAAUUGCUGAAAGAAACUUUUUUUUCUUUUUUAAUUUUCUCCUCACAAUGUCGAAUCUGAACUCCGAUCUCCCAAUAUCCCCGCCCAGAAAACCAAAGAAAAUGAGUAUCACACAGACAUACUUCCUUGCUCAUACCGCCCGCGCGAAGCUCUCGCGCGAGGCUGGUCGGCCGGAUCAUAACCUCCGGCUGCUUGUCGGCCACGCAAACAUGCUCGAUCUGCUCAUGCUCGAGCUUGCAGAGGCCGAAAAGGAGCAAGAGAGAUGGUUCGAUCUCUCCGUUCACGGUGCAAACACCGCCUCAGAACAAAACAGACAUAUCCAGUGGGCCGAUAUGCCCGUCAUCGCCGAACAAUCAGAGGAUGAGGAGGAGGAGGAGGAGGAGGACGACUGGAACGGCGAGGCUAUCUCUGAUACGGAUUCAGACGACGAUUCGGAUUAUGACGGGGAUGAUGCUUUCUUCGUCGAUGUCACACCAACGCUCGUCUCGACGAACACCGCUGAAACACUCGGCCGUGCAUCCCCCACACAAUCUCCAAAGGCCUAUGCCGUGCACCACGAGCACGUAGACGACGAUGAAUCCUUCGAGUUCUCCGAGCCCGAGGAAGACGACGAAGAGGACGUCGCCGGUCUCGCGCUUACAAGAACACAUUCCCACUCUCAGCAACCCCCAGAGCUACUAUCAGACUCUGGAGAUGAUUCUGAAGACGAAGUCGGUCCUCCAUCACCUCCACAGCCCGCAUAUGACCAUUUUCCCGAGACGGAGCCCCAUGAAGGGGCUAUCCUUGCAUCGCGGCUGUACUCACCAACUGCGAAACAACCAACCAAAAAACCAUCAUCGUCUUCGAAAUUACCCGUUUCUCAAGCCGGUCAGUCGGCGUUUCUCGAGGAGGGAUACUAUAUCCCUUCUCAGGCCCGCGACCGUAUGAUCGAAGCAUAUUGAGGGGGGAAAAAAAAAAAGGGUCCCUUUAUUACAGUACCAUACGCCCCCAAAUCGAAUACUACAGUCCUCUUACCGAUUCUUUUCACCCCAGCAUUACAAAAAAAAAACAACCCAUUAUUCAUUUUUCAAACAAGCGACGACCUGUUGGUCUUUCGGCGGCGUUAUCCAUUCCACAUUCUUCACGGAGGGAGUUUGUCCUUACAGCCAGCGAUCUGGGUUUUUCGAUUUCUUCUUGCUCUAUAUUUUUACCUUGUGAGAGCUUGCUCCGCAGUUCCUCCAAUUUUACGUUGUUUUUUUCCCACCCGUCCCAGUCUUAUCGAAACGAGAUACGAUCGAGAUAAAAACGACCCGUGCAUCAUGAUCCUGAUUGUACUCCCCUUCAUAUAUAAUCCCACUUAUUUAUUAUUGAAAUCGAGAUACCUCAUCAGCGUCUGCAGCAUUGGAUAAAAUUGGAGCUUUGGGCAUUGCCUUUUUUUUUUGGUUUAUUUUGUUAUCUUUUUUUUUUAUCACGUCUCCCGUUCGCUGGCUUCGAUGGGUUUAUCUAUUUACCUUGCAGACUCCUCCCUCCGACAUCUACCUGCGUCUCUUAUCUCAUUAAAAACACACGCCGCUCUUGAAUUAUCUGAAAGCAACAGGCAAAAGGAAGCAAUUUCCUCCCUUCCGAGCACUUUUUUUUGGCUUGGACGGUCGAGAUUUGUUGUAUCUAACAUGGGUAUACACAUAUAGCUGAAAUAUUGAAAAAAGCAAAAAAAUUAU